AUUUAUCUGUUAAGUAGGAAUUAUUAUAAUUGGAGGGAAAAUGCUACUAAGAUUAAGAUUGGUUCCUUCUUAAAACGAAUUGAUAUUAAAUUGAUGUUAAGAGAAACUGAAUAAACUAAAAAGUUGAAACAUUGUACUUGGACUUCGACUUGUUAUUACAUCAACUCAUAUCCACAUUUUUCUUCUUGCUAUAAUUAUAAAAGUUCCCUUUGCCCACUUUAUAGAUAUAAUUUUUCUUCAUGUGAGAGAAAGCAAGCUGGCAUUUCUCACAGUGAAAUCACCAUAAGAAACUUCUGCUAGAGCUUAAUGAUGGUAACGUCUUAUACAUCUUUUUGGCAUAGUUUUAUACUAGUUUUCUUUCCACUCAUACUUCUUAGUACAAACCUUGGUUCAACGAGUACUAGUUCGACCAAACACAGACGAGAGGUAAUUGUGGCACAUCAUGGAGCUGUUGCCACUGAUCAUGGCCGAUGUUCCCAAAUUGGGACUCAAGUUCUACGAGAGGGAGGCCACGCCGUGGAUGCGGCGGUGGCUGCUGCUCUGUGUUUGGGAGUGGUGAGUCCGGCUUCCAGUGGUAUUGGUGGAGGAGCUUUCAUGAAUUUAAGGCUAGCCAGUGGACAGGCACACGUCUAUGAUAUGAGAGAAACUGCCCCCAUGCUAGCUUCUGAGAACAUGUAUGCCGGCAAUGCUACUCUGAAAGCUAAAGGUAGUCUCUCCAUAGCAGUUCCAGGAGAACUUGCAGGGCUUCACAUGGCCUGGAAACAAUAUGGAAAGCUUCCAUGGGCGAGGCUCGUAAGGCCAGCUGAGCGCCUUGCUCGCUUGGGAUUCAAGGUGUCAUUGUACCUUGAAAUGCAGUUAAUUGCAUCAAAAUCAGAUAUCUUUGGAGACAAAGGACUUAGUAGUGUUUUUACAUCAAAUGGUAAUCUCUUGAAGGCAGGUGAUAUCUGCCGUAACAAGAAACUAGCUCAAACACUCGGAAAGAUUGCAGAUUUUGGUAUAGAGGCCUAUUACAAUGGAUCAAUCGGAUUAAAUCUGAUUAGAGAUAUUCAGAGGGCUGGAGGGAUAUUGACAAUGAAAGACUUGCAAAGUUAUCAAGUUAAGGUGAAAAAGCCAAUUUCUGUUCAUGUUAUGGGGACCAAAUUACUUGCCAUGCCUCCUCCUUCUGGGGGUCCUCCAAUGAUACUGAUGCUAAACAUUCUUUCCCAUUAUGGAUUUCCUUAUGGAAUCUCUGGAUCUCUUGGGAUCCAUAGAGAAAUUGAAGCACUAAAACAUACAUUUGCUGUGAGAAUGAACAUUGGCGAUCCAGACUUUGUUAAUGUGUCUUCUGUUAUAUCUGAUAUGCUUUCUCCUAAGUUUGCUGCAAAACUAAGGAAGGACAUAAAUGACAACAGAACUUUUAAUAAUCCCAGCCAUUAUGGUGGCAGGUGGAAUCAGAUCCAUGAUCAUGGUACCAGUCAUCUAUCUGUCAUUGAUAAUCAAAGAAAUGCAGUCUCCAUGACAACCACAGUGAAUGCAUAUUUUGGCUCUAAAAUACUAUCACCAAGUACAGGAAUAAUCUUAAACAAUGAAAUGGAUGAUUUCUCCAUGCCAGCAAAUGUCACUAAAGGUGUUCGCCCACCUGCACCGGCUAAUUUUAUCAGGCCAGGAAAAAGACCCUUGUCAUCCAUGUCACCUACUAUAGUUGUAAAGAACAAUCAACUUAAAGCAGCAUUAGGUGCCAGUGGUGGAGCCUUUAUAUUUGCAGCAGUUGGUGAGGUCCUCUUGAAUCAUUUUGUCAAGAGAAUGGAUCCACUGACUUCUGUCAUGGCUCCAAGGAUCUAUCACCAGCUGAUGCCCAAUGUUGUUAACUAUGAGAAUUGGACAACAGUGAUUGGAGACCACUUUGAAGUUCCUGCACAUAUCAGAGAAGCCCUUAAAAAGAAGGGUCAUGUCUUACAGGGUCUUAAUGGUGGGACUAUUUGCCAGUUUAUAGCUCAAGAUGUGGGAAAGCUUGUGGCAGUGAGUGAUCCGAGAAAGGGUGGGAUUCCUGCUGCUUUUUGAGAUUGUAGACUAGUUUUUUUUUUUAACCAAGAUUGUAGACUAGUGUUAUUAUGGAAUUGAAACCAAUUGUUUGUUGCAAGUUACCUAAAAUCAAUAAUCUUUUCCUCAAUUUUAUUAUUGUUGGGAAUAUAAAAAGUAAUAAUAAAUAUAAUUUUUUACCUGCUGAGAGCAGGAUUGG